UUUAUAUACAUUUAAAAUUGUGUACCAUCGCACAGAAGAUGUUUGAAAUUUUCAUCAUCAAGGUGGAAGACCCUAGCUGUUUCUGGGGGAGAAUAACAAAUGGUUUCAGUGAACUGGUUGAAAAUGCAAACCAGUAUCAAAGAUUGGAGGAAAAGAUGAAUCAAGUCUACAACAGAAGAGAUGAAGAUUCAGAAGAAAUUAAACUUCCAGUUCUAGAACAGGGGCAGAUUUGUGCUAUUUACUGCCAUGAACUACGCUGCUGGUGCAGGGCAAUACUUGAAUCUCUUGUAUCAAGUGGAAGUAGUUACCUUGCAGAGUGUUUCCUAGUUGACUACGCAAAACACAUUCUGGUGAAAGCAAAUGAUGUACGAAGAGCAGUUGAUGUCUUUUGGAAGCUGCCAUAUCGUGCUAAAAAGUUUACGUUGUUUGGCAUACAGCCAAUGACCUUGCACGUUGAUGUUUGUGAAGAGAAAGCAAAAAUUGGCCCAGCACUAAGAUGGGACAGUGCCGCAAUACACUAUUUCCAAAAAAUGUCCCGAGAAUCUGAUGUUGCUGAAGCAAAAUUACAAAGUGUGACUGGGGAUACCUUUGCAGUUCAAUUAUACCUCUCUCUAAAUGAUGAAAAGGUGUGUCUGAAUGAUGAUUUGGUAGCGAAAUUCUUUGCAUGUUACGUUUCACCAAAAUGUAUGGUGAAAAGUCUGAAUUCUUCAUCAGAAAUCACUUCAGCACUAUGCCAGAAGAAGGAAGCACCUGUUAAGAAGAAUGUAGGCCACGCAGCAUUGGCUGUUUGGUCUGAGACAGUGCAAGGAACUGUUCGUACAACAUUAAACCAAGGUCCUGCUGUCCAAAAGUCAGUUACUCAAUGUCUACAAUCCCAAGAAAGAGUAUUCAGUGAAAAUAUGAAUAAACAAUACACCGGGACAGCUGUAUCGUUAUCCAACAAAAAAUCAACAGAGUCACUCGCAAGCUUUUCCUUCUGUUCUUUGGAAAACAAAUUAGAUUGCAAGAGAGCAAGGUUUUAUCUUCGUGAUGACAUGAGAAUGGGCAGGGACACCUUCAAGGCGAUGCAGGAAUGUGAUGAAAUACCAGCUGCUAGAAGUUAUCCAUCCUACAAAAUGGCUUUUGACCUCUGCAAUGGAGUCUUGGUGCACUCACUCAUCAAACUGAGACCUUGUAGGAGCAUGGAAAUGUCACCUAUUUCUCUGGAUUUAAAAAAGGAACUGUGCAAGAAAAAAAUUGUUAGUCCAAAUGUUGUGCAAGGUUACUGUUGGCCUGCUAUAGGCCGUGGUUGUGACUUGAUUGCAAUUUCGCAGAAAGGAGAUGAUCCUCUUCUGUACCUCCCUCCAUUGUUGACAUUUUUACAAUUACCAUCCAUGUAUAACUAUCAACCCAGGCGAAAUUUGCCAUUAGCAAUAAUUGUUUGCCCUGGACGACAGAAGGCCCAUUUUGUGUACCAGACGUUAACUGAUUUAAUAAGAACUUCCCGAUUGCUUUCUCUAUCCUUGGUUUUGGUUGGACAGGAUCCAGAAGAAAUGAAGAAAAUAAAGUUUACCAAAGGAUGUGAUGUAGUUGUUACUACUCCACACAGUUUGGUACGUGUCCUUCAAAUGCACUGUCUAUUUUUCAUUAGACUCAGCCAUUUGGUAUUGGAUAGAGUUGAUGUACUUUUCGAUGAAGCAAUGGAUGAAGUGAAUACCAUCUUGCAAUGCUUCAAGGAAGCUACUAAUGUUCCAGAAAGAGGGUCAACUCCACAACAGCUCAUUGCUGUUGGACAAAUUUGGUCAAAAAAAAUGGAAAGUUUACUGAAAGAAAAUCAAAGUGAUCCUUAUGUUGUUAUAACUGCAAUGGAGGAAGCUGCUCUGUAUGGAAAUGUCCAUCAGGUUGUCAAAGUUUGUCUGGACUGUGAGAAAACAUCAAUUUUGCUGACCAUGUUGGACUUCACCUCUGAAACUUUGCAGAAAACUGUUAUCUUUGCUAAUUGUGCUGAGGAAGUGGAUCAUGUGUUCAAGGCUUUAGGCAGUAAUUCACAUUUCUGCAUGAAGGUCCACGAAGGAAUGAGCUUACAGGUCAGCAAUAUAAUGGACGAUUGGAGUAAGAAAUUCAACCCUGGCACACACAUGAUAUUAGUUACGACUGAUAACUGCCUGAGAGUCUUGAGGAUUACAGAUGCUACCUGUGUAAUUCAUUAUGGUUUUCCUUCAUCUUGUGAGAUAUUUGGAACUCGUCUAUGUUGUAUGGUUGACAAUUUUGAUAAUCUAACUACGGAGGUGCCAACUCGUCAACGUCAGUCAGUUGUACUGCUUACUGAAAAAGAUGCACUACAAACAGUUUCCGUCCUGCACUACUUGGAAAGAACAGAAGCUAAAAUUCCUCAAGAAUUAUUUCAAUUUAUUUUGAACAUGAAUAACAUAGAUGACAUUUACUAUGACAGAGCCUUAUGUAAAUACCUUAAAGCAUAUGGAAUUUGCAGAGAUAAUAAGACAUGCCCAAGUCGUCAUAAGUUUCUUCACGACGUAGACAAACCACGGUAUCUUACAGCUGAAAAGAAAUUGCCUUCCACAGGGUACAUUGAGAUUAUUCCAACAUGUGUCAAUGAUGCUUCAGAUUAUUACGGCAGAAUAAUACAUCACAGAAGUAAAUGGGAGGAUCUCCCUGUAUCUAUGGAAGAGGACUAUCUGAUGCUUUUGAAAGACAUGACUGAUUACUACUUGGAAGAUGAUCACAGGAAACCAGUAGAACAAUUAGAAGUUUCUGCCUUCUAUGGAUUAGAGGAGAACAGCUAUAGCAGGGUGCAGUUACUAGCAUUGCCAGAGAAAGCUGAAAGUGCAGUUCUCAGGAGCGCAAGAGUGAAAUACAUCGACAGUGGUCAAACUGGACUAGUGAUGCAGAAACAGCUGCUCAAACUUCCUGCCAAAUUUCAGGUUCUGCCACCACAAGUUGUUGAAUUUAUAAUAUGUAGAGUAAAGCCUAUCGACAAUGAAAUGGACUGGAAUCCACAGGUUUCCAGAUAUAUUAAACAGAAGAUUACCAAUAAAUCACAUGAAGCCAAAAUUGUUCUUGCUCUUGGUAAUACUCUAUGGCUGAAUCCUGUAGUACGUAUGGCUAAGUUAGCUGAUCUGAAAACCACAAUAUUAGAGUACAACAUUCGUUCACAAAUCAUGAAUUCUGGAUUUGGAACUGAUAAUGCAGAGCACAUUGAAAGACUGAAAGGUCUCUGCAGGGUAGCUGGUCUUGGUUUGCCCAAUGAGGAUUCUCCCCGGAAACAGCUACAUUAUUAUAACAAGUUAGAACACGUCACUCUCCAGAAUGAUGGAAACUACCAUUCAGUUGUCAUUUCUGAAUUUUCUAGUCCAAAGAAAUUUCAUGUGCAAUUAGUGGCAACAAGGGAAGCGUGGCAUAGAGUGAAGAUCUUGUCAAUUGUUGAUUCCAAAAGGAUUUAUAAAGUGUUCUUUAUGGAUUUUGGAACAUGCAGCUAUAUUUCUUUGAACAACAUUCAACCACUAUUGAAAGAUGCCCUUAAGCUUCCUUUUCAGGCAAUCUGCUGUUCAUUAUUUGGUGUGGAGCCCGUGGAAAAACUUUGCAGUCGGGAGAUUAAAGAGUGGUCCUGGACUACUUUGCAGGAUAAGGAACUCCAAGUGAAAGUAAUUGAACAAAGUAGAAAUGAUCUAACUGAUACCAUUUACUAUUAUGUUGUUGUGCGAGAUCCCUCUAAUGCUGGCUCUGAAAAACUGGCAGAACGUAUGCGAUCUAAAGGACCAGGCAUCGGGCCACCUGCAAUUUUAAACCAAUUGUUUUCAGAAGAAGCUGUGAAAAGUGAAGAAACCAGCUACAUUUCAUACCUCUGUUCUUUGGUAAAGAGUGGGUCUUACUAUUGGGGCAGUCUGCACCUGAUUCAUGCUAUGGCCAGUGUUCUUGCGACCAACUUAAUUAAACUGGAUUUUAUAUCGAAGAGUAGAACAAGAGAUCUGGAUGAAAUCAAUGAAGAGAAAGGAAUUGAUGUACUUGUGAAUUUACUUCAGGGUGUGACUAGUGCAGAACUGCAAGAAAGCACAUGUGUUGCACUUGGAAUUCUAAGUGAAAACACCGACCUGCGUAUUCCUAUAAUUGAUGCCAAUGCAUUGAAGUACUUGGACCAAUUAUUGAAAAUGCCAAUUGAAACUAAUGUGUGGGAAGCUAUUCUUGGAGCUUUAGAUGCACUUCUUUACUCCAGCAGAGUUUGUGAAGAAAUUGAACAGCAAGCGAUUAUAUGUCACCCUUGUGCAAAGGUUGAACAAUCUUCAAAGGAUAAGGUUUUGGAAAACGUUUUGAAGGUUUUGUGUUACCUCAGUGGAAGACCACAGAGUCUGAAUUUAAAUGUAUUAAGUGGACUUGUUUCAACUAUUGACAGCCUGUUAGUACACAAAGCCAGCAAGACUGCUUUGUAUAAAGUAGCAAACAAUUUGGGAUCUUCACUGGCCAUUUUGCAAACGUUACACUGCCCACAAAAUGAUGCAACCUGUUGUGAAGAAAAUACAGGCAUUAUCAAUCUUCCUGAAGACAGACCGAAUCAAUUAACAAUGGAUCCUAAAAGCUUUCACCCGGAGAUCAAGUGGCAUCAGAAGGAAGACCAUCUUAUGCUAAAUGUCAAGUUGCGGAAUUUUACAGAACAUUCAUGUAAAUUUGGUCAUUGCAGAGUAGUAUUCAGCGCCUAUGUUGGUACCAAAUUAUAUUUGGCAAACUUGGAACUUAAAGACAGGAUUUUAAAGGAAAAGAGCUCAUGUGUAAUUAAAAAUGAAGAGCCUUUUAUAAUACUAUUCAAACAAGAGAAAGGUGAAUGGAGCAGUUUGCUGAAAUUCAAGAAUCCAAAUGUUACCUUUGAUUUCAACUAUCUCGAGGAAGUGGCAGAUGAUGUAACUCUUCCGAUUUGGAGGGAUAUUAGAAGAAAUGAGAAACAAGUAGUAAUGGAACCCAUCAUUGAUGAUUAUGAUAGUUUUACCAGUACCAAUGAUAGUUCUGAAGAUGAUUACUGAUAACUCAGAAACUCAUGAUUGGGGUGGAAGAGGAAACAACAAAUUCUUUUUGAAGGAUUAGCAUUCAACUUAUAUGAAACCUUGGCAGAUCUGAAUCAACAGCCUUGUUUUUGUGAGAAGAACAAGUGUUGCUUGUUUCACAGAUACUACCAGACUUGCUGAAUAAUUCCAGCAUUUUCUGUUUUCAUUAUCAAAGUAAUAACUUGUCAAAUUCGCUAAAUGUUUGAUAAGAUGACUGCAUCAUCUUCUGCAUUGGAUGGGAACCUAAUUGUGGAAACACACGUCAAAGUUUGUGACAGCAUUAAUUCUCUCGCUUUGCAUUCAAGCAACACUAAUAACAAUUUUAGGCUGUAAUCUGAAAUGCUGAUCUCUUAUGUUACUUAUGAAGACAUCCAAUU